GGUGCAGCGGUGUGGUGUGGCAUCACUCCCACUCAACGACUGCCCACUGCCCACCAGCACAGAGUACACCUCCUACGAAGGGCACCAACAACGCCAUGAAUACUCCAACUUCAGCCCUAUCCCCGGGUUCAAGUGUGGGGGCGUCACGAAGGCAAAGCGUGGGGUCUGAAGGCAAAGGAGAGGCGGAAGCGCACGGUAUGGACCACUGGGCGCUGGUAGGGGAGAAGCUGACGGCCGAGAAGCACCUAGCGGAGGAUGCCAAGAAGGUGCUGGUCUCGGACAUCAAAUCGAGCCUGCGAAGGCUGAUGGACGAUAUCAGUGAAGACAACUGGAUGUAUGACCCCAUCGACCUGGGGCAGGGGCAUCAGCACGGGAGAUGACCCCCGCUCCAGGGUAGACCUUAGACAGCCGCUACCGGGGUGCCGUUUUAGAGCAGCGGGUACAGCAGUAUUUAUCUUGUCCCUUGUAUAUACGAACGAAGCAUUGCUGCUCGGUGACCACAAUAAUCAUUACUGUAGGAGAUGGCUAUCCCAGCAGUGGUGGCGGCAAUUUCGAGCUUGUUUCGCUAGAGGAGAUGACUCUUCCAAGGGAUUGGGUUCCACGGAGGUUUUGCGUCGGGAGAAUUUCGCUGUUGUCAUGCAUAUGCAUACACAAAGUCAAGCAUGGUUAGACGUGUUGUACGUAGGGUCUCGGUUGUAGAAGUGCCGUGUUGCUGUCUUCAUUUGGCGUCUGUAUGGUCAGUUGCAGUUUUGUUUUGCGGGGGAACAUGUGUUGCCGGGGGGAGUAGACUACGGCUGUGCUCCACGAAGAGCAACAGCAUACAAUGUUGUCAAUGAGCUACAAGUACUUCCGCCCCCUCAAGAGUACUAGUUUGUCCAGACUGAGACUACAUUUAGUAUCCAUAGCUCGUUCUAGAAUAAAAUGACUUAUUUCAUUUUUUGGCAAAGUACGGCCAUUCUUCGCGUGAACACUCUCAAUCAUAUCUGCUUCUAGUUGUAUCGAUAUCGGUUCGUCUCGCUUCGCGGUAUCUGUGCAGUGUGUGGGGCACUCAACACGCCCAUAG